AUUCCAUUCUUUAGGUGCCUCAAAAAUAGACUCUGUCCACUCCACUCGCGAAUCUUGCUCAGGCGAGCCACGAGAUCUCACUAUCCUGGGCCACGAGAGCCUCUGACGUCGGCUCGAAUUACUAAUGAGUCACCCGUUUUCCUCCAACCAAUCAGAGGCCCUCCUCUCUUCCCGCAAUGGUUCGCCCCGAUUUUCUGGAAGUGCUACGUCAGCUCGCCCUGGCGUGCGCUUGGCGGAAGGCAGGUCCGGAAUCUCGGGACUUACGAGCCGCCUCCUUGGCGACCUCCCGCAAGUUUCGCCGCAAUUCCCGGUGCUGUUCCUCGUCGGAGCGCUCCUCUCGCUCUCCUGGUUGGCGGGGCGCGUGCGAUUCGGACUCCUGCCCGUGCUACUAAUGUUCCUGUUUGUUUACCAUGAGGUGUCGAAGCGGCAGAGAGUGAGGGAACACAAGGCAGCCCGCCUGGCGGCGCUGCAGGCGGUGCUGCAG